AGUGGCGGCUGUUCUCCACAACCACAACUGUUUCCCGCAGCUUGAUCGAAACAUUUGUGCGAAGUUGAGACGUUCGUGUUGGGCAUUUUUCCUUGCGUUUCGUGCCACAAAUCAUGGAAACACUGUUAGAGCAGCAACGGCGGUAUCAUGAGGAAAGAGAACGCCUCAUAGACGCCCAAGCGAAGGAGAUGCUUCACAAGAAAUCGACGAAUAGAGAUCAAAUAAAUUCGGAUCAUCGUCUGAAGCUUCUUCUCGACAGAUACAUGGAAUGCACAGGGAACUUGAAGGAGCUUUACGAAGACAGAGAUGGGCUUCGAAAAGAGGAGAUAUCGGCCCUUUCGGGCCCCAAUGAGUUUGCCGAGUUCUAUUCGAGGCUGAGAACUGUCAAGGAAUUUCACAGGAAGCACCCUAAUGAGAUCCAAGUGCCCAUGUCUGUUGAGUUUGAAGAAAUGAACAAAGCACGGGAAAAUCCAUCGGAGGACAUGCAGAAUCUGGUAGAAUUUUCGGAUGAAGAAGGCUAUGGCAAGUACCUUGACUUGCAUGAAUGCUACGAGAAGUACAUCAACCUUAAAGGAAUCGAGCGAGUGGACUACUUGUCAUACCUGUCAACGUUUGACCAGCUCUUUGACAUCUCGAAGGAAAAGAAAAAUUCGGAGUACAAGAAGUACCUGGAUUGUCUCUUGGAUUACUUUCAGGAUUACACCCUUAGAGUGAAGCCUCUGCUUGACAUCAACCAGGAAAUGGAGAAUGUGAUGGCAGACUUUGAGAAACAGUGGGAAGCGGGAACAUUUCCUGGCUGGCAGAAAGAAGCUGGGAGUGCUUUGGCACAUGCCGGAGCCCAUCUUGACCUGUCUGCAUUCUCGUCCUGGGAGGAGCUGGCUUCUCUAGGGCUGGACAGACUCAAGUCUGCCUUGAUGGCUCUGGGUCUAAAGUGUGGAGGCACUCUGGAAGAGCGUGCCCAGCGCCUCUUCAGCUCCAAAGGGAAACAGAUCAGUGAGCUGGAUCCUUCCCUGUUCACCAAGUCGAAGCCGGGCCGGACAAAGGACACGGAAAAACAGAAGGAGAUUGCGACGUUGGAGGCACAGCUGUACCGCUUUGCUGAGAUCCUCUCUGUAAGCAGUUUUGUCUCUCUCUCUCCGUGUUUGCUGGGGAUCCCAGACUGA